UGUUCAUAAAAGGACCAAACUUGGAAGCUGGGAAUAAAAAAGAAGAAGAAAUAGUGAAAUGUGGCGACACUGGAAACUGGGAACAUGAAACUCUAGACACAGAAUUAAAUAGAUAUAGAGAAAACAUGGAAGUGAUGAUUUGUGGAAUUGAUUGAAUUGAUAUUAGUGAAACAUUGAUAAAUCAUUAUUCGGAGAAAUUUAGAAAACUGGUUGGAUCUUGCACUAUUAAUUGAGAAUAAAAAAAUAUUUUUCUCUAGAACAAACAAAAUAAAAGGUUUCUCUUGAGUAAAAUGGAUGAGUCCCAGUUUUUUCCUUUUACUCACAAUAUAUUGCAGAAUGAUAUUGCAGAACAUAUCCAAAUAAAAACUGAAAAUUCUUGUGAUCACAUCGACAAGGCUAAAUUGAAUUGUGCUGUGAAUGUUAAAUGUGACUUAGUGAAAGCUGAGCCAGAGGAACUAUUUGUCUGUGAAUUAUGUAGAAAACAUUUUGAUACUGAGACCGAACUCUCCAAUCAUGAUUUGAUAGAAUGCCAAAGAAAUGUAAAUAUAGAAGAGAAUCAAGAGUCUUCAAUUCCAGAGUUAAAGGAUAAAAUAACUGAAAGCAAGGUUUUGAACAUAAAGUGUGAACCGGGUUUCGAACAGGAAUUAUCCUAUUCUACCACAAUAAAAACUGAAGAAUCAUACGAGGAAAAUGUUCCUGAAGAAUACUUAACAGUUGAGGUUAAAGAAGAAAAUGAGUUCAAAGAACAAAUGCAAGCAUCUUCCAAAGAAUCAAAAAACAGACCAAGGAUUCCUUGUGAUCUCUGUACAAAAACGUUUUCUAUUGCCAAAACAUUGAGAAAUCAUGUAGCUGUGGUUCACAAUAAUGAAAGGCCAUUUCAGUGUCAAGUUUGUUUGAAAAGUUUUGGCAGGAAAGCCCUAUUGAAAGAACAUGAGAAUUACCAUACAGGGGAAAAAUUAUUCGAAUGUAAGACCUGUUCCAAAACUUUCUCAAAGAAUUCAGUGUUGAAAGUGCAUCUAGAAACUCAUGUCAAAAGGUUCCAAUGCAAAUACUGUUCGGAAACCUUCACUUGUAAGACUCAUCUUGUAAAACAUGAAAGGUCUCAUAGUGACAAACCAUUCCAAUGUGAGAUGUGUCCCAAAGCUUUUGCUCUGAAAGUAUACCUAGUAGAGCAUAUAAGAAUUCAUAAUGGCGAGAAACCGUAUGCCUGCAGAAUAUGUUUCAAGUGUUUUACUCGAAACUCUCAUUGUAGAAGGCAUGAAAGAACUCACUCAGGGGAGAAACCAUUUCAAUGUAAACUGUGUCCAAAAGCUUUUUCACAAAAUGCCCACCUAGUAGAUCAUGAAAGAACUCAUUCCGGAGACAAACCAUAUCGGUGUUCAUUUUGCGAUAAAAGUUUUUCACAAAAAUCGUAUCGAAAUAUACAUGAAAGAACUCAUAAUGGAAUUACACCUUUCAAGUGUCACGUCUGCAACAAAGCUUUUACACAAAGUCAUCGGUUAGCAAAACAUGAAAAAAUCCAUAAAAAAGAGGAACAGUUAUUGAGCCUACCGGAAGAAGGGAAAAGAGUUGAAUGAAGGCUAUAUAAUAUUGCUUUAAUGAAAAAAUUGAUUGAGCUCUGGAAGAUGCUGUACAAAUGCCAAACCACUGGAGGUUAAAACAAUUGACGAGAAAGUUUCAGAAAAUUUAAUGAUGAGUUAGAGAAGUUUUCACAAACAAAUAUAUUUUUUUGAGGACCAGAGUUUUCCAUUGAAAAUCACACCUUCACUAUUGACUACGAAAAAGAGGUUUUCAGAAGCCUACAUAUAGAUAAGAAAUAUAACAACAUAAAAUAUGGUGUGAAAAUAUAGUUUUGUGUGCAAGUUUUUGUUUCAUAUUAUCUCAAAUAUAAUUUUUGUUAUAAAUUGA